GAUUGGCGAUUCGCGGCUGGACGCGUAGUUGCCAGAGCUGCGCAUCAUUAACGCGUUACAGGUUGCCAGAUCCUCGCCUCGUAGAGUCGACGUAACGCGACGGCGCGACCGUGUCCGAAGCAACAGUCUUCAUCAGUCAUCGCUCGAGAGGACCGGACGGCGGGAUUGGGUCGGUGCCACGACUCGAGAAGAGGAUAGUGACACUCUCUCCUUUCUUCUUGUCGUCGCAUCCGUGCCUGCAUCUACGUGCGAGCGCGACUUCCUCGCCCCGAGGUGCUUUAAUGUCCGACCACCAUCGUCAUCCGGUCGUCUCGCGAAGGAACAGUCGGGAACAAUCGCGAUCGUGAUUGUAUCCGCGCGAUGUCGCGAGUCCCGCCGUAUCAUUUCGCCGAGCAAUCGUGCUGUCAUCGUCUUCGUCGCUGAUGUCGUCAUCGUCAUUGUUAUCACCGUAGUGACAUAUCCGAGGAAACGGAGGCGACGUGAGUGACCACCUUCUGUCUCUCUCUUUCUCUCUCUCGAAUGUGCGCACCACGACGUUUCGGGAGGGCUUCCCGGACAUCUUCGUCUUGGCGAAUAUAUCAUCGACGUGCGUUAUCGUCCAAGUGCUAGCGACCGUCGCUGGUGAAUGCAAGACGGAAUCUUCGAAGACUCGAGAGAGAGCACUCUUCCCCUCCUCUCCAUCUAUCUUUCUCUUUUUUCUCAGGUCGUGUUUCCUGUGCUCUCGCGCUCGUCACGAGUCUACGCAGGUAGGGCGAGCCGAUACGUCGGAGAGGUGGGAGAGACGACGAGGAGAGCGAGUCCCGCAGUCUCAAUCGGUGUAGGCCACCCGUAACACACGGAGAUCGGGAAGCGCGAUUGAGCGGCGAGAGAAGAGGUAGCCAGCGGGGAGGAGGGCGGCGAGGGAUUAUCCCCAUUGGUAUCGUGGGGAACGCUGCUGGAUACCAGCAGCGGUGACGGCGACGACGGCUUAUCCCGGUCGUUCUAUCCCGUCUCGCACGAGGCGUUCAGGUAGAAGCGAGAGCGAGCUCGGAGAAUCGGCGUCGUCCCGUGGGAACGAGACGUUUCGUAGGAGAGAAAGGGAAGGUGAGAGAAAACGAGAACGAGAGAGGCCCGCUACGUCGUACGCGGAUACGCGAUAUAUAGGUACGCGCCGCGAAGGAGGCAACCGCGAUCGAGACGGGAGCUGAGGUCGCAGCGUUUGGAAACGGAGAACGGAUAGACGCAGAAGGAGCAACGAGGACGCGGCGAUACGCCGACGAAGAAGGAGGGACAAGGACACGGAUUGUUACAAGAGCGGAGGAAGAGAAGGCAGGCGCGCGCGUGCGAACGUGCGGAUCUGAUCCAAAAUGGCGCUCAACCAAGACGUGGACCAGUUGUCCAAGAGUAAUCUCGUCGUCAGGGUCGACCAGAAUUCCGAGUCCGAUCUACAGGCGCUAUUCGACACCGUCCUCAAGCCCGACUCCAAGCGGCCGCUACAGGUGCCGCUGCGCAUGCGCAAUCUGCCGGAUUCCUUCUUCAAUCCGCCGUCCACCGGCAGCAAGAGCCCCUCGAUCUCGCACUCGCGCGAGAACUCCGCGGAUUCCGCGUUCGGUACCGCCGCGACACCGAGCGGCGGCAGCGGGGGCGGCGGCGGGGGCGGCGGUGGCGGCGGCGGUGGCGGCGCGCCUAACGUAAGUGCCAACGGAAGCGGAAACGGCACCGGUAGCACCGCGGGUGCCGGCGGGGCCGCGGGUGGCGGCGGAGGCGCCGGCGGUGGUGGAGGUGCGAAUAGCGCCGCAGGUGCGGUCGCGGCCGCCGCCGCCGUGGCCGCGGCCGCGGCGGCGGCCGGUCUCACCGUCGCUCAUCCCCGCGCACACAGCAGCCCGGCCUCCCUGCAACAGACCUACGCCUCGGCGCAACAAGCGCCCCAACACGCGCCGCAGCCGCACGCGCGUCACCAUCAUCAUCAGAAGCAGCGCAGCUACGACGUCAUCAGCAGCCAGGUCGACGACCUGGGCCCGCUGCCGCACGGAUGGGAGCAGGCACGCACCGCCGAGGGCCAGAUCUACUUCCUCAAAGGCAACGACUUACAAUUAUUUACUAUUCCAUCCAAUCCGUCUAACGAGCGGCAUAAUCUUCUUUUGCUCAGUCACCUGACGCGCACUACGACAUGGGAGGACCCGCGAAAAACCGCCGCAGCCGCAAAUGUAGCAGCCGUAGCAGCCGCAGUCGAGAACAGCAAAUCCAACCCCAACUCGCUCGGUCCGUUGCCCGACGGAUGGGAACAAGCACGCACAACCGAAGGCGAGAUCUACUUCAUCAAUCAUCAGACUCGCACCACUUCGUGGUUCGAUCCGCGAAUUCCGACACAUCUUCAGAGAACUCCAGCAUCCGGUGCGAUGCUACCACAAAACAGUUGGCUACAGCCCGCCGGUGUCAUUCAAAGUAAUCAGAACCUGCAGGUCUGCCAGCAGAAACUUCGUCUUCAGUCACUGCAAAUGGAACGUGAACGCCUCAAGCAACGGCAACAAGAGAUCAUGCGCAGUCAGCAAGAGCUGAUGCUGCGGCAGAGCACCACGGACGCCGCCAUGGAUCCAUUCCUGUCGGGGAUUAAUGAACACGCACGUCAGGAGAGCGCCGAUAGUGGCUUAGGACUUGGCUCCGCUUAUUCCCUCCCCCACACUCCGGAAGACUUCCUCGCCAAUAUUGACGACAACAUGGACGGCACAAGCGAAAGGCACUGUGCGUUGAUUGAUCUUACGAAACGAUUAUACCGAAGCCAUAAAUACCUAAAUGGGGGUGCGCCAAUGGAGACACCGGAUCUAUCAACUUUGAGCGAUAACAUCGAUUCGACUGACGAUCUCUUGCCGUCUCUUCAUAUGAGCGAGGACUUUAGCAGUGAUAUUUUGGAUGAUGUACAAUCACUCAUAAAUCCUAACACGACCAAAGCAGACAACGUGCUGACGUGGCUGUAGAAUUGAAGAUCGCAUUUGCAGCGUAUUUACGCGGAUUCACACAUAAGUAGCACCGUGCAUUAUCGAUGCCUUCAAUCAAUAACACGAGAGAUUCUUCAGGGAAUCUUUACAAUAAUAAAAAGAUUUUGGUUUAUUCUAUAUAAAAAUAAUAAAUAUAUUUAAAAUAAAUUGUUUAUAUAAGAAAACUUUAUAGAGAAAGCUCAUAUCUGCAACAACAGUUUUCAAAUUAUACGGCCUUUAAUUGCGCGUGAUGCUCAACAAUUUAGACACGUAUGCAUACGUAUAUACAUGCAUAUAUGUAUAUCUAUAUUACGUACAUGCAUGUAUGAUAAUAACAACAAUAUAUAUGUAUACAUUGUAUAUGUUGAUAUAUACGUAAACACGUGUAAGGAUUCCCAUUUUUCCGAUUUCUCUCUCUCUCUCUUUCUCUCUUUCUAUUCCUCUUUCUCUUUCGUUCGGAUAUAGGGUGCGAUAGUGUGUCUGUAUGUGCGUGCGAAAGUUCUAAACGUUUUGUACAUAAGUUUAUACUUCCUUAUACACUGCCUGAGAAAAGAAGAAAACAAAGAGACAGAGAGAAAGAAAGCGAGAGAAAGAGAGAGAGAGAGAAAAAAUGAUAAUUGGAUUUGUGACAAUUUA